UUAAUGCGCAAUCGGUUGACCAGCACGUUCAUUUGAUUACUCUGCGCGACUGAUCGAUCUUGAAUGAAAUCCUACUUCACAUGUCCCCUUUUUGAAGCACUCUUUCACAACCGUGAAUAAAAAGAAAAGCCGAUUGGCUCAUAACGGAAUUAUUGACUUGGUGCAGUAAGAUCGACCAAUCGCGCAAAUAUCGAGCGAUCGCGCAGAUUGACCGAUCGCGCGCAACAACGCUCAUGCAUUGUACUCAUCUAUCGUUUGUGUGGAAGCUGUCUGGAGAGGUCGAGUUUUACGAUACAGCACAAAAUUACGAUUCUCGGAAAGGAUCAAGAUGUUGACGGAGGGUAGGCUAUAUGUGGGUUUGCUGAAUCCUGACACAACCAAGCAAGAUAUUGAGGCCGAGUUCGGAAGAUAUGGAAGUCUGCGCGAUGUAUGGAUGGCCAGGAAUCCCCCAGGCUUUGCCUUUAUCGAGUAUGACAGCGCUGUGGACGCGGAGAGGGCCAUGCGGGAUCUAGACGGUGCCAACCUCUUGGGCUCGCGGAUCAAGGUGGAGCCGUCGAAGGGCAACCAGCGGGGCGGCCGCGGAGGCCGGGGUGGCACUCGGGGCGGUGGCGACCGGCGAGGUGGAGGAAUGCGCGGCGGGUCACGUGAGGGCAGUUUCCGGGGAUCACGCGGUAGCCGAGAUUGGGAUUCUCGAGGUGGCAGAGGCCCUCCCCCGUCCUAUGGUAGUUAUGGGGACUACCCAGCCCGCGGAGGAGGUGGUGCAUAUCGCGAUGAGCCCAAAGCACGCUAUGGUGCCGAUCAAUAUGGAAGCAGAUACGAUUCUGCCGCCUAUCGCAGUAGAUCUCCAAUUCGCAGAAGGUCCCCUCCCCCGCCCCAGAGAGGGCGAGACUUCGGAGGAAGAGAGUACGGAGUCAUGAGUCGGGAGUACGGAGGGGGGCGUGACUAUGGAGGCGGAACAGCUGACUAUGGGCCCUCUGCCAGGGACUACGCCUCCCCCAGGAGUUAUGCCCCACGGGAUGGUGGCCGGGAUUUUGACCGAGAGUACAGAGCUCCGGUAGCUGGUGGUGGAGCUAGUGCCCGGUAUGACCGAGGUGAGUUUGAUCGCUACAGCCGCUACGACAGGGCCCCUGCUGCAUACACUGACCGAUCCAGACGGUCACCAUUGCCACGGCGCUGAGGAAGCAGCAGGGUAUUGGAAUACCAGAUCCACUCCAUCUAAAAAAAAACAGCCAGAUCUUUUGCUUUUUUGCUCGCCCCUUGAUGUACGUGUAUUUGACGAAUGUACGUGGUCUAGUCUGUGUUUACAUACCGAUACUGUGUGUAUUUUUUUAAACUUUUGACGUUCUUCCAAGGGUUGUACUAUGUACAUACUCAAUUUAGAAUUGUGCUUUUGUGAGACGCCCUCUUUUUCUAGCUUAGAUGUACGUGUGUGAAGGAACAGCACAAUAUCGUGGCAAAACUGAUGAAACUAGUCAAAUGAUUUUUCCCAUUUUACCCAUUUUGAGUUUAAGUGUAUUGUGUCAGUGAGAUUUCUGUAUACCCUUGGAAUGUUGUAUUUCUGUUCUUAUUAUGCUUUACUACUUAAGCUAUACGGCAUACUUGAAAAUGGAAACAUAUUGUAGGGUUACUUUUAUGGAGCUUCAAAGCACGUGAAACAAAAAGAAAAGCAUCUUUGUUGGCACAAAUACUUUUCUUUUACAGUAUGUUACACCUGUUAGAAAUUCAUAUAUUCAUUAUGGCUGUGUGCAGUUUGGCCCAUGGCUUGGUUCUGAGCACUGUUAAGAGUAUCCACUGAUGAAAGAUUGUGCCAACAGCAUGUCACAGGAUAGCAAAAACUACAUGUACUGAUGUGCGUGCAUGCAUCGCAUAACGGAGGAUCCUGUUCUCUCAGUGUUGGUGCUGGAACUUCAGUGUACAGGGAAGUAAUAGUGGCGAGUACGCUGUAGGAAUAGGAAGAAUUAUUGCCCCGAGAAUAAAUGAUGGUGAGAAAGGUCAUGUUUGAAAGAGUGUGCUCCCUUUCUCUCCAGGAAACCUUCUUCUUUCAUUAUUAGUUUACUGAAGAUGAACAAAGCACACUGUUCAAAACGUAGAGACCCUCCUCACCAGGUCUUCUUAGAGACAGCACCACCUCCUAAACAGUAGAUGUACUUCUCUGUAUGCCACUGCACUCUGCCUUCCAAAGCUUCAAACAAUACUGAUGAAUUUCUUUUCUCUAAGCUCAGAAUGAUGGGCGUAAUUCCAUGGUUAUUACAGAAAUCUUAAAUUUGGCCCCGAUUUGCUUGCUUGAGUGAUUGCUCUCCAGCAAUAAGAGCUCCAUAAAAAUUGGUGCAUGUUAACAAAUUUAAAUGUGAAACAAACUUGGUGAGAAACAAAGGGACUUGCCUGUCACAAUUGUAAUAUGUUCAGUGUACAGUCAGCUUUAUAUUCACAUGCAUGCUGCGAAGGCAGGUUUUUUUUUUAUACUUACAACCAUGUACGUUUGCUGUAUUUUUUAAACUGUAAUCUUAGUCAUUGGUAUGUACAUGUACUAGCUUUUGUAAGUAGAAUUUUUUGCAAAGCUCUGCGCAUUUCUGCCGAGUCCCAUUAAGUUUUUCAAAUGCAUGUACAUGUAGAUGAUUCUUUGUUCAUGUCCUAACCAAAGACGUAUGGAGUUCUGGACAGUGUACCUUCCAUGUGUACCUGAUCACUGGAAAGUUCAGUGUGGUAUUUUUGGAAUUAAUGGAGAAAAUUUCACUGGAAUUGGUACCCUUUCUCGGAAAAUGAGUCACAAGUCACUUUAGUUUAAAGGAAUCUGUGAGUCCCUUCAACGUUCUCACCUACAUGAUGCCAAUUGCCAUCAGGACGUACAUCAAAACUGAGACCAGAAUUUUCUCUUUUCAAUGUGAGCUGAAACAAAAUGCCCAAAAAAUCCACGAGGCUCAGUUUAUGGGCGGCUGUAAUACAUUUUGUUCACAUAUGUUAAACUGCACUGCCUUGAUUUGACUAGUCGGGGAGGAAAAGUUUGCAUCAUGUUUUCCUUGGAAAAAUCUGUAUUUUUUUGUAACUUAGUUUUUUCCGUAUUAAAUCAUGUUGACAGACGACACCAGAGAUCCUCAAAUGUAUGUUAAGCUAUCAAAACAUCCCCAUGUGAAUUAGUUUGUAAAUUAUUUCUGGCUGUUCAUCAGAAAGCUAGCACUGCCUGCCUUGUUAAAAUUUUAAUGUUUGCUAAUUUUACUCAAAGCAAAAUGCAACAAAAAUUCAACAGUUGUCUCUGUUGAUCCUAACAGCAUACAAAAGGUUUUUGUCUCAUGCUUGUUAUCCAUUGCCUUUGCAGGCUGUCACCUUUAUUUUGGUGGAUUCUGUUACAUGUUUCAGGGUUUAGAAACGAAGGAAACUUAGUAGACUUUGGCAAAUACAAAGUUCUGUAUGUGUAGCAUUUCUGUCAUAAAUUAUUUUACUCAGUCGUCCCACACAGAGUUUACUUUCGUGGACAAAUCUCUGUUAUCUGAUCGAUGGAUGCUUGGUUAUCAUUGAACUAUUUAUUCCAACACAGGGUGUGGCUACUCCGCAAAUGUUGAAAUUUCAUUCCACGGUAAAUGCAAACUCAUAACGUGGCUCCUUUCCAGAUAAGGUGAUGCAAGAAUUUAUUCACAAGGGUGAUAUUUGUUAGAAUAUUUUCCUGAUUUCAGGAGUUUUUUGUCAGAAAUUUCCUGAUUUAAGGAUUGGUCAAACAAUCUCCUUAAAAAUUAGUUUUUCUUGAAGGCGUUUUCAUAUAUAAAAGUUAAUAUUGGACAAAAAUGGCCAUUUUAAGGGGUGCAUUCAAGCAAACACAAAUGUAUACCAUAGACCCUACGCGGCUGGUGAUUAUUUUUGUGUAUAUUUCAUUUUCUUCAGAUCUCAUCCCUGAUUCAGGAAUUAUCUAAGGCUUUCACAGUACAAAUGCAUGUACAUGUACAUGUAUUUGAUGUUUUACAUUUGUGCGAUGCAGAAAAAUUCAUUUGGUGAUGGAUGGGAGGCUCCAUCUCUCAGACGACCUGUGUUCUACACCUGGAGGUGUUUCUGCAUCUGAAUCCAGUUUUGCCGAGAGAACCUUUGUACAUGCACCUUCAUUGGUUACAUUUUUGUCUUAGUAAUAUACUGUGUUAACCUUACUCAUUUGCAUUAUGGUUGUGACUUUGUGAAAUGAAAAAUUGCUGUUUCCUUUUAUUAAAAUCUUGACGUUCAUUCUA